AUGAAUCCUCACCUUGACAAGGGUUACUAGUCCACCACUAAGACUUGUCAAGACUAGUUACUUCAAUUUAAAGUGCGGUAUGUACAAGAAUGACAUGAAUAGAAGUCGAGAUGACACCAAAUAAAUUUUCCAUUUUUACUAUUGAGCAAAUCGGAUUCAUCUUGGAUUGAGUCCAUACCCGGUUAGGGUUUACCAAGGUCCGAUAUUCAACGUGGUACCUUGAAUCCUCUGUUUCCCAUGCUUUGACCUUCAAUUUCAAUUCAACUCCCUGCGCCGGAACCAAGUGGCUUCGCUGCACCCAACAUGGGUUGCACCACCUGCAUCUCCUCUUCCCUUCUCACCUCACUCCCCCUCCGCCACCGUGCACCGCCGCCUCAAUCACCCCAUUUCUCCGCCGCCCGUUUUCCGUCCAAACAACUCACCCCUUCUCACCCCUUUCGCAUUUCAGCCCUUCCCCUCUUCUCACACGGCGGCAGCGGCGGUGGUAACAGCAACAACAACAAUAACAACAACAAUGGUGGCUACUGGGGUUACCCCUUUGACUCCGACGAUUCCGAUUCUUCUUCUUCAGGUCCCCUUCACACCCUCUUCAUCUCCUUGCUCUUCUCUUCCGCUGUAUGCUGUUUCUGCCAUCUCUUCCUUGCCAAACUCGCACUGGCAAAAACCCAUUCUUCUAACGACGAUGAAACUCUCGUCUGGGAAGUCAAAGGUGGCAACCUGACCAAGCUUAUCACUGAUCACACGAAGGACACUUUUGUUCCCUCACAACCCAGCUUGAUCUCUGAACUAUCAUCCCUGAACCCUUCACAACUUCCAAGCUUUCUGUGGUUCAAGUGCAGGGACCUCUUGGUACGGUUGAUGCUUCCUGAAGGGUAUCCCAACAGUGUGACCAGUGAUUACUUGGAGUAUUCAUUGUGGAGAGGAGUUCAAGGUGUUGCUUGCCAGGUUAGUGGGGUGCUGGCAACACAGUCAUUGCUGUUUGCUGUUGGAUUGGGGAAAGGGGCUAUUCCUACUGCUGCUGCCAUCAAUUGGGUGCUCAAGGAUGGAAUUGGGUACCUCAGUAAGAUCCUGUUGUCGGAUUUCGGUCGCCAUUUUGAUGUUAACCCAAAAGGGUGGAGAUUGUUUGCUGAUCUUCUUGAAAAUGCUGCUUUUGGUUUGGAGAUGUGUACUCCUGCUUUCCCUCAUCUUUUUGUGCCCAUUGGUGCUGUGGCUGGGGCGUCUCGCUCCGCGGCUUCGUUGAUUCAGGCUUCUACGAGGAGCUGUUUCUUUGCUGGUUUUGCUGCUCAAAGGAAUUUUGCUGAGGUAAUUGCUAAAGGUGAAGUCCAAGGAAUGGCAAGCAGGUUCAUCGGAAUUGCGCUCGGUAUAGGUUUGGGUAACUGCAUAGGCUCCUCCACACCUCUUGUUCUUGCUUCAUUUAGUGUUAUAACUUGGAUCCACAUGUACUGCAAUCUGAAGUCAUAUCAGUCCAUUCAGCUACGGACUCUAAAUCCCUAUCGUGCAAGCUUGGUUUUCAGUGAGUAUCUACUGAGUGGCCAGGCGCCCCCAGUUAAAGAGGUCAAUAAUGAAGAGCCACUAUUUCCAGCUGUACCCAUAUUGAAUGCAACUUUUGCAAGCAAAGUACAAUCAAAUUUUGUAUCAUCUGAAGCAAAGGAUGCAGCUGGAGAAAUUGAACAACGUCUGCAGCUUGGAUCCAAGCUCAGUGAAAUUAUCAACAGCAAGGAGGAUGUGCUUGCUCUCUUUGCGCUUUAUAAAAACGAAGGCUACAUCUUGUCCGAGCACAUGGGGAAGUUCUGUGUGGUGCUUAAAGAAAACUGUUCACAGCUAGACAUGCUCAAGGCAUUGUUUCAGGUCAAUUACCUUUAUUGGUUAGAGAAGAACGCGGGAAUUGGAGGAAGAGGAACACUUAAUGAUUCGAAGCCCGGUGGGAGGCUGCACAUAUCUCUGGAGUAUGCGGAAAGGGAAUUCAAGCAUGUUAGAAACGAUGGAGAAUCAGUAGGCUGGAUCAUGGAUGGGCUUAUUGCAAGACCUUUGCCUACUAGAAUUCGUCUAGGUGACACGACAUCCUCAGCGAGUAGCUAACACGGUGAAUGGCUGGUGGUUUUGCAUGGCUGCAUUGUUUUCUAUGAGGAAGCAAUUUGGAGAUAUCUUUGGAGAUCAAGAGCCCUGGUUGGGUCUUUGCCAUUGUUGUUAAGCAGCACAUCCCAUGCUGCAAAACAUGCAACUCAAUGGGUUUAAUGGCGAAAAGACAACUACAGAUAGUUGAAGCUACAUAGUGUGACAAAAACCACAAGCCAAAUAUGCCAAUUUGGCUACCUGUUGUCUAUUUCAAUGAAUGGAUGACCCAGAAAGGGUCAAAUAAUUGGGAACAGUGACCACUUUUACUAGGGAGAUUGAUUGCACCCGCGUACAGUUCAGAGCAAUUGUUUAUAGUUUAAGAUUAAGAUGUGCAUCUAAAUAUCAAGCUUUUGUUUAUUUGUAUCUAAUACAUGUAUUUAGCACUAAAUCCCACACAAAUGCAUUUUGUUCACAAAUUUGAUGUUCCUAAACCAUUUUAGAUUGCCUUUGUGCUGCAA